UGCGCUCAUCACUAACGAAACGAACGGAACUAUUUUAUCGCGGAUUGUCGCGUUUUUUCGGUUGUGUCGCGCCUCAAUCAAACUCACCUUAAAAUUAAUACACAAACAUAGAUUACGAUUUCUGGGUGGUUUUAUCAAAAAUAACGGCACUUUAACGACACUACGCCUACGCCAGGAGUUCUUCCUCUUUUUUCCUCUGCGCGCGUCGCUUUUUUACCUGCAGCGCAGUCGCGACAGCUGAAAAUUAAUAAAACCAAAAGAAAAGUGUAAAUUGGAUAAAAAGUCGACAGUGGAUCGCCAGUUUUUAUAUAACAACCAAGCAAACCAGUUAUUAGAUGUUUUUGUGAAUAGUGUGAAACAAAUUCUCGGCCCAUACCUGCACACACAACAAAUACAUUCCCACAGUUCCUAUUCCGAUCCGAUCAGGUUCUCCAAUCGCAAUUCGCAGAUCACCAAUUAGUCCCAACAGUCGCAAUAUGCAAAAUUAAACCGAGUGGAUUUCGUGUGAUUAACGUGGAGUGUAAAAGUGUCGCCGAAAAAGGAUAAUUAGAGAGCUAACAGUAAAAUCCUUGUGUGUAAAUAAAGUGCUUAUAUACAUACACACAUUCAAAGAAAUAAAAAACAAAGAAGGAAAAAGCGGCAAGAUGAACAAAACCUGUGCACGUUGCCAGAAGGUGGUCUAUCCUAUCGAGGAGCUCAAGUGUCUGGAUAAAACAUGGCACAAAACGUGUUUCAAAUGCACAGAAUGCGGCAUGACGCUCAAUAUGAAAACCUACAAGGGCUACAACAAAAUGCCCUACUGCGAGGCACACAUACCGAAGGCCAAGGCAACGGCCAUUGCCGAUACGCCCGAGCUGAAGCGCAUCGCCGAGAACACGAAAAUCCAGUCGAACGUUAAAUACCACGCGGACUUUGAGAAGGCCAAAGGCAAAUUUACACAGGUGGCCGAUGACCCGGAAACGCUGCGGAUCAAACAGAACACGAAGCACAUAUCGAAUGUGGCAUAUCACGGCGAUCUGGAGAAGAAGGCGGCCAUGGAGAAGCAGCGAGGAUCCGCCGAGGUGUCCGACAGCAGCAAUGAAUCGGAAUAUUUCUCUGAGCAAUUGGCAGCUGAACAAUUCUCGCAAUAUGCACCCACAGCAUCACCCAUACCGCCCGCAGUGACAACACUACACCAGCAACAUCAGCAACAGCAACAACAGCUUCAACAGCUUCAACAGCAGCAAUACCAGCAACAUCAGCAGCAACUGCAACAGCAGCAGCAACAACAACAACAACAUCAACACCAACACUAUCUGCAACAGCAGCAACAGACCCUGCCACCGCCACCCAUACAACAUCAGCAAUACAACACAGCGGCCAUUACGCCCACAUACCAACAACUCCAACAGCAACAACAACAGCAGCAACAGCAACAGCGAGCUCAGCAACAAAUGCACGAUCCCUAUGCACACUACCAGCAACCGCAGGCACUGCGCCAGCAGCAACAGCAGCAGCUGCUGCAACAGCAAGCCAUUAAACAAGCCUCACAUCUGUAUCCCACAGCAACAUCCCAGCAGCAGCAGCAGCAGCAACAACAGAUGCCACCGCCUCAGACGCCGGCGAACCCGCAGCAGCAGGCGCUCAACAGCUACAAUGAGAUGCGCUCGGCCAUACUCCAGAACUCCCAUCAUCCCAGCGGCAAUUCCGUGGAUCAGUACGACCAGCCACAGCCGCAGCAACAUCAGCCGCAGCAGCACAUCAGCAACCCCACGCUGGUGGCUGCCCCACAGCAGCAGCAAUCGCACCACAGCCUGCUGAACAACAAUCCGAGCAACGGCGGCAUUUCGCACAGCAAUCACAGCAACAGCAACAUCAACAACAACGGUCACGGCUCCCAGAGCCAAAUGUUGCCGCCACAAAUGAGACGCUCGGCGGCCAGUGUGGCCUACGAUGGCAACGGCAAGCAACAAGUGGCAGCAGGAGCACCACUAGCAGCCGGACCGGGAGUUGCCCAGAAUCACCUGCAGCAGCUGUACGCCUCGCCCAAUUAUGCCGCAGUGACACCUUCGGAAAAUUCGGUUAACAUUAAACAGCAUGCCAGCAAUGGCCAUGUGCCAAACCAGCAGCAGCAGCAGCAGCACCAACAGCAACUUGUGUCCGGCGGCAGCAGCAAUAUCGGGAAAAUAGCGGACUACGAUCCGCUGACGGAUGGUCCAAGGGUGGUGCCCAAUGCCAGCAGGUCCAGCACCACUUUGGUCUACAGCUCCGAGCCACGGGGCGGCAUUCAAGGUGGCAACAGCGUGUACCCGAAGCGAAUUGGAUCCGUUACCGAUAUCGAUCCGGCCAACGGCAUCUAUGGAUCGCUGAGCACCGCCGAGCAAGCUCACCAGCAGCAAAAGCACCAGCAGUACUACCAACAGGUGCAGAUGAUGCAACAGCAAGAACACCCGUCGCAGCAGCAGCAGCAGCAGAUGCGACAGCAGCCAUCCUACUCCUCUCUGCAGGAUAAACAGUCGCGUCAGAGCACCGCAUUGCGCGUCUAUCGGGCCAUCUACGACUACGAGGCGCAGGACGUCGACGAGGUCAGCUUCCGCGAGGGCGACGUCAUCUUCGAGGUGGAGUCCAUCGAUUCCGGCUGGAUGACCGGUCGGGUGGAGCGUACCGGCAAGACCGGCAUGCUGCCCGCCAACUAUGUGGAACAGGCGGUUAUAUAA